UCUCUCAUUUCCAUUUUCGCAGUGACUAAGAUCAAGUAUGAAUUACGAAGAACGGGCACCUUUCACUAUUUUCAGCAGUCUCCUCCACACCUGAUCUUCUACUCAUAUGGACCAACUGUACGGCCUCCACUCUCCCUCCUCCUCCGAUUACCACCACCCGCCUCCAUUUCCGCCGGAAAAUCUGAUUUCUCCGUCUCACUACCCGAAUUUUAAUUCUCCCGCGCCUUUUCCGAUCUUCGGAUCCGACCAGCUGUUGUCGGCGUCGUCUUUGGUGGUCUCUGAUGCAGCUUCCAUGGUGGCUGAAAUUCAGGGAGGAGGUUCUGGAGAGGAGGUUUCCAGUGCUAUUCGAGCCAAAAUCGCUACUCAUCCUCUCUAUCCUAAACUUCUCCAUGCUUACAUCGAGUGCCAGAAGGUCGGAGCGCCACCGGAGGUUGCGUAUCUGUUGGAAGAAAUCCGGAGAGGAAGCGAGCUUUGCAGAAGAAACGCCGUUUCCACUUGCUUGGGUGCGGAUCCCGAGCUGGAUGAGUUCAUGGAAACCUACUGCGAUAUACUGGUGAAAUAUAAAUCGGAUCUCGCCAGGCCUUUCGAUGAAGCCACCGCGUUUCUGAACAACAUAGAGACGCAGCUCAAUACUCUCUGCAAUGGUGCUUCCAGAAGCUACGUUUCCGACGAAGCAGCUGGGUCAUCAGAGGAGGACUUAAGUGGAGGAGAGGUGGAGGUACAAGAAUGUCUUCAAACUACUGAAAAUCAGGAGCUUAAGGAUAAGCUAUUGCGUAAAUAUAGUGGCUAUAUCAGUACCCUGAAGCAUGAAUUUUCGAAGACAAAGAAGAAGGGAAAGCUACCAAAGGAAGCAAGACAAGCCCUUCUUGAUUGGUGGAAUAUUCACUACAAAUGGCCAUAUCCAACGGAGGAAGACAAGAUCGCACUGGCUGAAUCAACAGGCCUGGACCAGAAGCAGAUAAACAACUGGUUCAUAAACCAACGUAAACGGCACUGGAAGCCAUCGGAGAACAUGCAAUUUGCUGUUAUGGACAGUAUUUAUGGACCAUUUUUCAUGAAUGAGUGAUGCAGUGGCAGCCCUCUCUCUUCUCUCUCUCCCGUAGUUCCGGUGUAUAUUCUUCAAUUUGGUCUUUAAUUUGCUGAUACCAAAUGAAAUGUUUACCCACCUUAUUUUUCUGACAAUGUCCUAAUUUAUUUCGUAAGUUCUAGUUGCUGGCAUA